AAAGAUAAAAAAGGAUCAUAAGGUGAAAGAUGACAAUUGUUUAUGCUACUAAGUACUAACCUUGUCCUGCUGCAAUUGAACGAAGGAAGAAAAAAAUGGCGACAGAAGCAUCGGAUUCCGAUUUCAAACCCUACACCCUUUCCCAAACCCUAACCGGCCACAAGCGCGCCAUCUCCGCCGUCAAAUUCUCCUCCAACGGCCGUCUCCUCGCCUCCUCCUCCGCCGACAAGACCCUCCGCACCUAUGGCUUCACCACCUCCGACAGUGUCACCCUCUCCCCGAUGCAGCUCUACGAGGGCCACGACCAGGGCGUCUCCGACCUCGCCUUCUCCUCCGACUCCCGCUUCCUCGUCUCCGCCUCCGACGACAAAACCCUCCGCCUCUGGGACGUCCCCACCGGCUCCCUCAUCAAGACGCUCCACGGCCACACCAACUACGUCUUCUGCGUCAAUUUCAAUCCUCAGUCCAACAUCAUCGUCUCGGGUUCGUUCGAUGAGACCGUUCGGGUCUGGGAUGUGAAGUCCGGGAAGUGCCUCAAGGUUCUUCCUGCUCACUCCGACCCUGUCACCGCCGUCGAUUUCAACCGCGAUGGGUCACUGAUUGUCUCCAGCAGCUAUGAUGGUCUCUGCAGGAUUUGGGAUGCUUCCACUGGACACUGUAUGAAGACGUUGAUUGAUGAUGAGAACCCUCCUGUUUCCUUUGUCAAGUUUUCACCCAAUGCCAAGUUCAUUCUCGUUGGCACCUUGGACAACAAUCUGAGGCUUUGGAACUAUUCGACUGGGAGGUUUUUGAAGACGUACACCGGUCAUGUUAACUCAAAAUACUGCAUUUCAUCGACUUUCUCUACAACAAAUGGGAAGUAUGUUGUUGGGGGUUCAGAAGAUCAUGGUAUAUACUUAUGGGAACUGCAGACAAGGAAAAUAGUACAGAAAUUGGAAGGUCAUUCUGAUACUGUUGUAUCUGUGUCAUGUCACCCUACAGAGAACAUGAUUGCUUCUGGUGCUCUUGGCAAUGACAAAACUGUGAAGAUCUGGACUCAACAGAAAGACUGAUUUAGUGAGUUAGGAGUAAGUAAUUGAUUUGUAAUGAACCUUUAGCUCAUUUUGCAUCUGAGGAAUUUGUAAUUCAUGUAGCAACUGCAGUUGAGAUCAAAUUAUCAACAUCCAGCAGUUUGCACCCUUCAAAUGGCCUGAACAAAAUAUCAAAGGAAAUAGCCAAGGUCAGGGUCGGUCCCGACAUUUUGGAGGCCCUGAGCAAAUAAUAAAAAUGGACCCCUAAUAAUUUUAACA